UUCCUGUGAAUGGCAUUCGCCAGUGGUCAAAUUGAGUAAACAGAMAUUUACAUUUGGUUGGUAACGUUACAACUAAUUUGUUGUCGCACGGUGUUAACAUGGCUUGAAUUAAAUAAAUGUAAUGCAUUUUGGUUGAUCCAUCUUCCCCUGGAUUUCGACAAGUUGUAAAAUAAAGACGGUCAAGGAAAGAGCGCGCGGGGAUAAUUGCGGGCUGUGCGUGUGACAUCACACAUACCCAUUACUAGGUCCUCUCGGCAUUGCUCSGGUUUGUAUUUAGGGGGAUGGGGCCGUGCAGAGGAUGAUAGAGCUCUCGUGGCGAUGUACUUUAGUUCUUGGCUAAAUCCUUCCACUUCCUAACCGAGCCACCCGCAUUGUUUUAUAUAUAGUACCCAUUCACGUAUGUAUUUUGGCGACGUUUGACCGGAGAAAAGUGGAGUAUCCGUACGACCACGGUGCACUCUGAAAAACUACAAAAUGUAUUCCAGUGGAGCUGCUGGAGCUGCUGAGAUGCUUGAACCACCUCACUCCUCGGGGUCAAUUGGCUCUGACCCCUCUGAUCCAGAUCCCCCGUCUCCCCCAGUGCCAGAGUAUGUGUUCAAACCCCCCUCGCGGCCAGACUUUGGCACCAUGGGCAGGACAAUCAAACUGCAGGCCAACUUCUUUGAGAUGGAGAUCCCCAAACUGGAGGUCUACCACUACGACAUUGACAUCAAGCCAGAGAAAUGCCCCAGAAGGGUCAACCGUGAAAUUGUGGAGCACAUGGUACAGCACUUUAAAACGCAGAUCUUUGGGGAUCGAAAGCCAGUGUAUGACGGGAGGAAGAAUCUCUACACAGCCAUGCCCUUACCUAUAGGCAGGGAAAAAGUGGAGCUGGAGGUGACCAUCCCAGGCGAGGGGAAAGACCGGAACUUCAAAGUGGCCAUAAAGUGGGUGUCCUGCGUCAGUCUGCAAGCUCUUCAAGAAGCCCUGUCUGGACGACUGCCAAACAUCCCCUUUGAGACCAUCCAGGCCCUGGAUGUGGUCAUGAGACAUUUGCCCUCUAUGAGGUACACCCCCGUCGGACGUUCUUUCUUCACCCCUUCAGAGGGAUGCUCCAACCCCCUGGGCGGGGGCAGGGAGGUCUGGUUUGGGUUCCACCAAUCGGUUAGGCCUUCCCUGUGGAAGAUGAUGCUAAACAUUGACGUGUCGGCCACCGCCUUCUACAAGGCCCAGCCUGUGAUUGAGUUCAUGUGUGAGGUUUUGGAUUUCAAAAGUAUCGAAGAACAACAGAAACCCUUAACCGACUCCCAGAGAGUAAAGUUUACCAAGGAAAUCAAAGGUAAUCAUUCAUUACCAGGUCUGAAGGUUGAGAUCACUCACUGUGGUCAGAUGAAAAGGAAGUACAGAGUAUGUAAUGUGACGAGAAGACCAGCCAGUCACCAGACGUUUCCACUGCAGCAGGAGAAUGGCCAGACCAUAGAAUGCACAGUAGCGCAGUACUUCAAAGACAAGUACAAACUCAUACUGCGCUACCCCCACCUCCCCUGUCUACAGGUUGGACAGGAGCAGAAACACACCUACCUCCCCCUCGAGGUCUGUAACAUAGUGGCUGGCCAGCGGUGCAUCAAGAAGCUGACCGACAAUCAAACGUCCACUAUGAUCCGUGCCACAGCCCGAUCGGCACCAGACCGUCAGGAAGAGAUAAGCAAACUGAUGAGAAGUGCCAACUUUAACAAUGAUCCUUACGUGCGGGAGUUUGGGGUGAUGGUGAGGGAUGAGAUGACCGAGGUGAACGGCAGAGUCCUCCAGGCCCCAUCCAUCCUCUACGGAGGGCGGCAGAAUAAAGCAAUAGCAACUCCCAUCCAGGGAGUGUGGGACAUGAGGAACAAGCAGUUCCACACUGGCAUAGAGAUCAAGGUGUGGGCCAUCGCCUGCUUCGCUCCACAGAGACAGUGUACUGAACUCCUGCUCAAGGCGUUCACAGACCAGCUGCGUAAGAUCUCUCGCGACGCGGGGAUGCCCAUCCAGGGCCAACCCUGUUUCUGUAAGUACGCUCAGGGGGCGGACAGCGUGGAGCCCAUGUUCAAACACCUGAAGUGCACCUACCAGGGCCUGCAGCUGGUGGUGGUCAUCCUGCCUGGGAAGACGCCCGUCUAUGCUGAGGUGAAGCGUGUUGGUGACACGGUGCUGGGCAUGGCCACCCAGUGUGUCCAGGUAAAGAAUGUUCAGAAAACCACUCCCCAGACCCUCUCUAACCUCUGCCUGAAGAUCAACGUCAAGCUGGGCGGGGUCAACAACAUCCUCCUCCCACAGGGCAGGCCCCUGGUGUUCCAGCAGCCAGUCAUCUUCCUGGGUGCUGAUGUCACUCACCCUCCUGCUGGAGAUGGGAAGAAACCCUCCAUCGCUGCAGUGGUGGGGAGCAUGGACGCCCACCCCAGCCGCUACUGUGCCACGGUGCGGGUGCAGCAGCAUCGCCAGGACAUCAUCCAGGACCUGGCCACAAUGGUCAGAGAGCUGCUCAUCCAGUUCUACAAGUCCACCCGCUUCAAGCCCACCCGGAUCAUCUACUACCGCGACGGCAUAUCUGAGGGCCAGUUCAACCAGGUUAGACUUGAGGUGCUCCAACAUGAGUUACUGGCGAUCCGUGAGGCCUGCAUCAAGCUGGAGAAGGACUACCAGCCCGGUAUCACCUUCGUGGUGGUGCAGAAGAGACACCACACUCGACUGUUCUGCAUGGACAGAAACGAGAGGGUUGGUAAGAGUGGCAACAUCCCUGCCGGCACCACAGUGGACACCAAAAUCACUCACCCAUCGGAGUUUGACUUCUAUCUGUGUAGCCAUGCUGGCAUUCAGGGGACCAGCCGACCAUCCCACUACCACGUGCUGUGGGACGACAACCAUUUCACCUCAGACGAGCUGCAGGUACUGACCUACCAGCUGUGCCACACCUAUGUGCGCUGCACCCGCUCCGUGUCCAUCCCAGCACCGGCCUACUACGCCCACCUGGUGGCAUUCCGUGCCCGCUACCACCUGGUGGACAAAGAGCACGACAGUGCGGAGGGCAGUCACACGUCGGGACAGAGCAACGGGCGUGACCAGCAGGCCUUGGCCAAGGCAGUUCAGAUUCACCAGGACACACUGCGCACAAUGUACUUCGCCUGAAGCUCCAAGCCUGUGCACCGGGGUCGGCAGGGGUGAGACAGACCCCACAGGGAAGAAGCCUUCACUCCUCCCACCUAACCCCCUUACUGUAUCAGGUGUGGGCGCUAAGUGGGUUUGUCGUCUUGUCUCUCCCCG